AUGGAAUAUUUCAUCGAUGAAGAAAAAUAUUUUUACUUGAUUUUAUUGCACAUCAACGUAGCCAUUUGCAUUGCAUCGAUUGUAGCAGUAGCACUUGGUACAAUGUUCUUUACGUUUAUUCAACAUAUCUGUGGAAUGUUUAGAAUUGCUAGCUAUCGUAUCGAGUAUGCUAUAAAUAUCAACAUUCAACAAAAUAUUAUAUUGAAAAAUAAGAUCUGGAUGAUCAAGACUAUAAAUUAUGCUGUAGAUAUUCAUCGGCAAGCUACUAAAUUGUUAAUACAUUUUAUAACCACAUUCGAGAAAAUGUUGUUUAUUUUAAUCGUCCUUGGUGUGGCUUGCUUGAGCCUUAGUUUAUUUCAAGUAAGUUAUUUACCAUCAUAUAAUUACGUAUGA